AUGGAUGGCGCACCGAGAAGCAUCGGUGUUGGCGAUCGCGUGCAGCAUGGCACAACCAAGGGCAAGGUCAUGUUUGUGGGACAAACACAGUUCAAGGAGGGCACAUGGGUGGGCAUUUGGUUGGAUGAGCCAAAGGGAAAGAACGAUGGGUCGGUGCGAGGCGUGCGGUACUUCGAAUGCCCAAUGAAGCACGGCCUGUUUGCCAAGGUCGACAAGGUGGUACUCCUCCAAGCUGCUGCUGGCAAGACAGCCGAAGAAGUACAAGAGGAGAUACAGCACAAGGACCAUUUGCAGCAUUCACAGCAACAGCAGCCUGAGCCAGGUCGUCGCGACAUCGAACUGAAGCCUCAACGCAUCUCGCCGCAGCCGAGUGACGCGCACGCGUCGGCAAACGGUAGCACGGUGCAAUCACACGACGACACCGAAGCUACCCACCCCCAAACACCACCACCACAACAACAACAGCAGCAGAAUGAGAAUGAUUUCGAGGGCGAGUUGAGCAGGUUACGCGAGCACCAUGCGCGGGAGAUGGCGGCAUUGCGAGAAAGCGUGGAGGCACGCGAAGCAGCGUUGCGGGCCGCAACGGCAAAGCAGGAGCAGCUCGAGACGGAGCACACCGCCCAGCUUGACAUGCUGAACGAGGAGCUGGCGUCGUUUCGCGCCAAGGCAACGGCCGCCAAGGAGCGCGAAGACCAGCUGCAGGCUCAGUUGUUGGACACGGACACAAACCACAGAUCGGCGCUGGAAGCCAUGCAGCGCGCGCACAAGGCGGCGAGCGAGAAGGCGGCGGCCCAGCACGAGGAGCAGGUCAGCACGCUGCAAUCGGAACUGGCCGAACUGAAAGCGCAGCAGCAGCUGCUGCAGGACAGCAACACCGCAACCAGCGAAGCCGCACGUGCACGCACGGCCGAGCUGGAACAAACCAAGCACGCGCUCGAAGCAAAAGUGAGCGAACUGGAGGCGGCGGCGGCAGCACAACAGCAGCAGCAAGAGGAAGAGCAGAGACGGGCCGUGGCCGCCGCGGAGAAGGAGAGGGAUGCAGCAGCAGAGGAGGCGGCAGCAGCACGCACACGUGCGCAGGCGCUGUCGGAUGAACUUGCCACUGCGCAGCAGCAGCUCAGAGAGGCACAGGACAAGAUGGAGCAGGAAGAGACGAUGAGAAACGCAGAGGAGGACGAGAGGAGGAAGAGAAAGCAGGCAGAGGAACAACUGGAGGAGCGACGCGCGGAAGCCGAACUGCAGCAGAGGGAAGAAGAACAGCAACAGCAACAGCAACAGCAGCAACGCAGCGAGGAAAGGGAUCGCUUGCAGCGGGAGCGUGAAGCCGCGUUUGAGCAGCAGCUGCAGCACCUCCGCAGCGCGCUUGACGCUGAACAGCAGCAGUGCCGGGCCCGAAGGGAACGAGAGGCGACGCUGACGGCACGCGUGGAAGCGCUGGAGCAAGAGGCGGAGCAGCGAGAGAGCGCGUGGAAGGAGAAGGAGGCCACAUGGGCUGCACAGUGGGAGGAGCGGGUGCGCGAGAGCACGCAGGCGACAGCGCGUGACGUGGAAACACAAACAGCGGGUUGGCAGCAGAAGGUGGCUGAUUUACAGGCGCAACUUGCUGCGGCCGAGCAACGAUUACAGGGCCAGGAUGCCAAACACCAGCAAGACCGUGACCAGCUGAUGGCAGUACACGAAGACCAGCGCACAGCACUCGAGCAGGAGAUAUCGCAGCUUCAACAGCAGCUGGAAACCGUUCAGGCUGACACGAGCGCGAUUGUGUCCGAGGUGACGGCGGCGCUGGAGACCGCAAACAGCGAGAAACAGGACGCACUGGCACGCGCGCAGAGGAGCGAUGAUGCCCUUGCGCACUUGAAGCAGACGCAUGAACAGGUGCUGCACGAGAAGCAGGCGCUUGAGGCGGACUUGCACGCGCAGGGCGACGACACGAGCGCAUUGCACGAGCAAGUGGCAACGUUCAAGCAGUCCCUCUCCACCCUCCAAACCAUCAACGCCGAUCUCCAGCAGAAGGCUGAGCGCGUGAGCGGUCUCGAAUCGACCGUGGCGGACCUGCAUCGGCAGCUGGAGGAGACGCGCGCGCGUGCGAAUGUAUUGCAGGCGGAAGCGGCGAAGAAGGACGAGGAGCUGACGGCUACACGAGACAAGGGUGCGCAGGCACUGGCAGACGCAAAGGCGAAGCACGCGCGCAAGAUGAAGGAGGCGAAGGAGAGCAACGCCGCACAGGUGCAGCGGCUGACGCGGGAGCGGGACGAGGCGGUCAAGGCGCGCGAGGAGCUGGAGCAAACGCGGCUGCUGCAGUCUGCAGCGGCGCUGUCAGCACAGCGGGACCUGCAGGUGAAGCUGGAAGCAGAGCAGGCGCAGGCGGCAGCGCUGAAGAAGGAGCUGGAGGACGUGCAAGGCGAGCAGUCCUCCCUUGCAGCGAAACUGGCGGCAGCGGAGGGUGAGGUGUCUGCGCUGCAGGCGACGGUGCGCGAACGCAACGCCUCUGAGGAACAACUCGAAGAGCAGGUGUCGGCGAUGGUUGUGCACGUGCAGACGCAGAAGCGGGAGAUUGAGGCACUGGAGGCGACGCUGGAGCGGGUGCUGUCGCGGCUGGACGAGGCGGUGGAGAAAGGGGCCGUUGCGCCGCUGAAGCCGUCGGAGAUCCGGCUGCUCGGGGCGCGUCCGGCCCGCGAGCAAGCGCUGUCCAUCAGCAUCCCGACGUUCACCACCAUGCAGUACCGCGGAAGCGAGUACCACGUGUACCAGAUCUACAUCACGGUGGGCGAGGAGCAGUGGGUCAUCUACCGGCGGUAUCGGGAGCUGCUCGAGUUCCACCGCGACGUGUCCCGCCACCUGCAGGGCGCGCAGGCGCUGUCGUUCCCGCCAAAGGUGACGCUUGGCAGCCGCAACACCAAGGUGGUGGAGGAGCGCCGGGUUGCGCUGCAGUCAUACCUGCAGCACGUGGUGCGGCUGGCGCGCACGACUCCGGGGACGCCUGUGCAGCAGGAGCUGAGCAAGGAGGCGCUGCUGCUCACGCUGCCGUUCCUUGCUGAGGACACCAGCUCCCUUGCCCCUCUCCCGGCGUUUGAUGACCAGUGA